AUGGCUAUUGAGAACGAAUCAAAUCAGAUGGUUCUAUUUAUCAAUCUUUCUGACUUGCUCCUACGGAACCAAGAGGUCGAAAAGAUUGAGAAAAAUCGGUCAUUCACAACCACUGAUGAAGGAUUUCUCGAAAAGUUAAGGAUUAGUAACGAGCUCCUCCGUCUCAGUCUUUGCAGGGCUUGGAAGUCCUUCCCUAUUGGUCAAGCUACUUACGCUCCUAGCAAAGAUCACUUUCCGAGAGUAUGUAAGAGGGAUCGGCCAUAG